AAUACACGGCGGUGAAUAUGACGUCUGUAUUUGUUACUUGGCGAACGAUUGGCGUCUCGGACGUCUAAAGCAUGAUAAACCAAAUCGUACGUAUGUCGGGGAGAUCGUUCCCCCGACGACGGUCAUCUUGGUCUCUCUAUCGUCGUCAUUCGAAGGGUUCAUUCGAUGCGGCGUUCGUUCGACGGAUGUAUUCAACCCUUCUUUCCCCUCGGCUACCCUCACUCGAUGGUGCGAGGAAUCGUCGCGACAGAGGGGAUGAGGGUUGCUGGUCGGGAAGCGCCUGCGCCGAGUCCCCAAUGACGGACUCGACUAGGUAGGUGCUCGACCCUGGGACGCAGUUUGGGAGAAAACAAGCGGCGGGCAGCCUGCUGUUCUCCGGGUAGCGUGGGCCCUUUCCUCGUAGAAUCUCGGUAAAUGGGCAGAACGGUCAGCGGAAAUCGGGAGGAAACGAUGCAGGUCCGAUGCAGCUGGAGAGCGUAAGAGCGUGUUCCCGAUACGGAGAUGUCCGCGAAGUGGUACUGAACGAACGAUAAUGAUACGAAGCUCGGGCGCAGCGGAUAUAAUAGUGCGAAAAAAAAACUGACGUUCGAUAAUAUGACGCGCGACAAGUUCGUUGAACCCUUUGGUGAAUCAAGGCAGUUGCCGCGGCAGUUGAUUUGAAUGCGUCAUCUCGAGGGUGAUCACUGCAGAGGAUGAUGCACGUCGAGUGAUCUCGGAAUUCGGAUUCUGCGUUAUACGCAUCUCUGUGAACCUUGAAUUAUUUCAAAACCGUAAAAGGGACUUUUGUUCCGAAUAUCCCGAUUUCAGCGGAAGAUCCUCAUAAAUCUCUGUCGAUUCGUGUGUUUGCUCGCCCUGUGUGUUGUUUCUCCAGUGCGGCUGGAUGCAACGUCGAGGAAAGCCGUGAAAAAGAUGCAUAUUUGAAGAGAAGUGGGGGAUAUUGCGCGACUUUUGUGUAGUGCAGCGUGUGCUUGGCAGCUUUUAAUCGUCGAUUGCAUGUGGGUCACGAGUUGCGUUUGCCACAGCUAACAAGAUAGAAGAUUUACCGAGCCAAGAGGGAUAGAAAAUGUGGAGCUCGGUUACCGCAGCCGGCACUGAAAAUGGACCAGCACCACCUUCGAGGAGCAAACAUAGCGCUACCUUACUUGCGGGUCACGUGUAUCUUCUCGGAGGUAGAAAUGGAAAUCUACCGCUCAAAGAUCUUUGGCGAUAUAGUCUUGCGGAGAGCAAGUGGGAGGAAUUGCAUCCAGGGGGUGAGAGACCACCGGCUCUUCAGGAACACAGCGCGGUCGCUUACAAGGAUUGCCUCUAUGUUUUCGGGGGCGAAUUGGGCUUCUCUGCCGGAACGGAAACACCACUCUGGGUUUAUAACGUCAAGACGAAUACAUGGAGAAAAGUGAGAGCUCAACGGGGUUGCGCAGUUCCUAGGGGACGAAGAGGUCACACUGCCUUGGUACAUCGCGGACAAAUGCUCAUAUACGGCGGUUAUCAAGACUUGCGUGGCAGCGCUGCCGAAUUGUGGGCCUUCCAUUUCGAGACUGAAUCUUGGCACUUGCUUUCGUCGAGCGAAAGUGGACCAGCAGCGAGACACAAGCACUCGGCGGUUUUACACGGUGACGCGAUGUAUAUUUACGGCGGAAUGACGGAUCUUCAAGAAAGGAACGAUUGCUGGCGAUGGGAUGUCAACAGCGCUUCGUGGUCUAUGCUGAAGAACAAACCAGGUCCUGGGCCUCUUCAUGGCCACGCGGCGUGCAGACUGCCAAGUUGCAUGCUGAUCUUUGGCGGUGAGAGCGGCGGUUUGGCGACGAACGAGCUUUGGAGAUUCCAUUUUGGCACAGAAACCUGGGAGAAAUUGUCAGUGUCAGGACCGAAACCGCAGCCGAGGGCAGAAAGCGUCGCCCUCGCGGUGUCCGAAUUAUUGAUUCGCGGAACAAGCAUGGAUAAUUCAAAACCGAGGCUGAGGAAUCAAAGGCCCAGGCUUUCGAGCAAUAGAAUAUCGCCGAACGAGAUACCCUCCGCCCGACCCAGCUUUCUCAAAGAGAUCUCAAAAUUAUCGCAAAUAAAUCUAUCGCGGCUCAGUCAUCCGACGAAAUGUAGUUACACGGUUCUCAGUGGACACGACGAUAAUGAAGAGAGCCCCCAAGAGCAAGUGGACAUCGAAGUCGUGGAACCUUCCACGGGAAUGGUUAAGUCACGCAGUGCCAACACGCUGGCCCGCCGAAGGCAAAAAGUGUCGGAAGGAACGGCGAGGACGAUUGACGUCAGCAAUACUAGCAAUAUUACCGCUUCUGGUAUGACCAGAGAUCCUAUUUCAGUGCCAAAUUUUCGUGCUUUGACGUUACCAACCCCGGUUCUCACGCCUGUAGAGGCCGCCAGAUUAGUCUUCGUAGAUCCGGAUGAGAACAGCGAUAACGAGGAGCGCAAAGAACCGCCUACAUCGAGACUCAUCGAGGUUCAAGAAGAGAGGCGAGAUUUCGCAGCAGUGCACCAAGCUUGCCAGCCUACACGCGGCGACAGCUACAGUUCGCAUCUUUACGAAGCCGCUCUACAAACGCCGAAGACCCCGACGACGACAAAGAUUCCGACCUCUGCGUCCGUCAGAUUCGCCGAUCUUGAGGAAGGCGAGGAAUCGACGUCGGAUUACGCGAGUAUCGAGGCGAGAAGCCCGGGCGAUCCGCUCGCGGACGACGACUGGCUGUCCGGAAAGAGAUCGAAGCCGCAUAGGCCGAUCGUUGCCUCGUCGACGAUACGGGAGGGCCAGUUCGGUUUCUGUAAUCCGAAUUAUCUCGGCCUGGACGACACGAGGAAUCAUUAUCACCAUCACCAUCAUCACCACCAUCAGCAACAACAACAGCAGCAGCAGCAGCAGCAACAACAAGAUGGAAAAUACGCCAAGUUGCUCAACAGUCCGCCCGACAGCGUGUUGGAAGACGAACCUGGUAGAUCGGCUUCGCAAACCUUCGCGGAACUCUUGGAACUUCAGGAGAUCAGAAGGGUGCCGCGGAGAGCGGUGAGCGCGUCGAGGGCUGAGAGGCAAAGGGCGAAGGUGGCGGCGGUGGAUGCGACUGACGCGAAGACGCCCUCCUACGGGCCGGCGCCCUUGUACGUUUUUUUAGUCGGCGGCAAAGAAAAGGGUCAAGUCACGGUGUUCGCCAGACCGGUCUCCCUCUGGAAGCUACAGUUGGCGCCGCAUAUCUUCUAAGGAUGAUUGAUAGUCUGCUUUAGUUGAGUCAUUCGCGCACCGUUAAUGAUAAGAAGAAGCCGGAUGCGAGAGGAGAGAUCUAGGAUGAUUAAGGCAAGCGUUCGGGCGGUUCAAUUUUCGUUGACGUAGCGUUUUAUACGAAGAUUUUUUUUGACGAUGUAAAAUCGUCGCUUGAUGAGAUCGAUUUUUCAGAUGUUUAUUCUCAUUAAUUUGAUUAUUAAUAUUACAGUUAAUUUUAUAUAUGCGUUCUUCGUUACGAAGCAAAUAUCUUUUUUGUAUAUAAUUGGUUGAGAUUGUUGACCUUUUCGUUCGUUAAAAUUUACUUGCUAUUGCCAUUUGGGUUAUACUCAUAUCCUUGUAAAUACAAGGAAUCGAAGUAUCGCGUUUGAUAUGCUAAAAAAUGAACAAUGUUUUUGGAAAAUGCCGUGUAUGUGUUAAAGCGCAAUUUAGAAAUACAUUUAAAAAUAAACUUUAUCGCGCAGAAAGUAAAAAACCUAUCUUAAAAGAAUACGUGUAAUCACUGGGUUGAGAAAUAUAGAAAUGUUCAUUUUUUAUUUAAUAACGCCUCGAUAGAUAGAUUAAUACUAGAUAGAUGAUUAUAAAUGUACGUAUCUCUAUAAUCUAGAAAUUAAAUUUAUAGAAAAUUAUUUCAUUGCAAUAUGCAUUAUGCAUCUCUCAAUUUUUAAUACCAUUAUUUAGCGUUUAUUAAUGAUUCAUAAUUGUAGAAAAUAACUUUUAUUUUUUUUUAUAUAAAGAAUGAACAUCUUCUUACGUUUAUUAAUUCGGAAAUAUGAAUGUGUGCGUCAAAUCAAUAUAUUCUUACUGUUACUAUGAAACGUAUAUAUUUAAGAUAAAGUCGUGAAAUACAAUACUUUCGAAUCGUGAGUUCAUAUUGAACUGGCCGAUUCGAGUGUUCUCAAUGUGAGUUUUGUAAAAAGAUAAAUGUUCAAAUACAAGCGCAGAUCAAGUUGACGAUUGAUUGUAUCUAUCAUCCUUCAAUCGUCACUGAUAAAAAUGCAAUAUAUUGAUACACGGUCAUGUCGCAAUCUUAUAUUUAUUAAUAUCUGACUUUAAUUUUACAAUACGUAACUUAUUCGCGUAAUAUGAUAAAAUAUGAAACUUUCCGAUCGUUAAGACUUCAAGUCAUUCGCUGAUAAACAUAAGUCAAAAUCAACUGGCCUGAUCUGCGCUGGACUGCCAUCGGAUGCAAAAACUCAAUGUGCGGUAAAAUAUGAAUUAGAAAGUUAGUGUCAAAUUCGUAAGCUUAUAAAAAUAGAAUCGAAGAUAUCGAUCAAAGUUUACGAUCGACUCGUGAUUGUUGCGCUUUAGAAAUUAUUAUUUGACCAAUUCUUCUAUUCUCUGCAGUAAAUAGAUUUUUAUAAAAAAAUUCAAAUUCUUUCCAAUUUGAGAGCCAAAUCAGUGAACUAUAACUCUUUAGGAGAAACCGAAUUUACUGUUCUUACGGAUAAUAGAAGAGACAGAAUUUUUAAUCUCGAAACUAAAAGAUUACGUAUAUGUAUAUAUAUCCCAAAAAUUUAUUAAAUUAUUAAAUUAAGAUAAUCUCCAUCAAUUUAAAAAAAAAAUUAAUGUUUUAAACAUGCCAAUAAUUCUUUCGAGUUCGUUUUAAAUCAUUUAUAAUUUGCGACAAAAAUCAAGACAAAGUUCUAUUUAUAAUUUUAUGUUCGCAUAUCCCCUUAAUGUAUGCGUAUCCUGAAAAUCUAUGUAUUUUGUGUACGUGUGUAUUUUACUUAAAAUGUUUUCUGUGUAUUACGCAAUAUAUAAAAUUAUAAAUAGAAUUCUGUCCCGAAUUUUGUCGAGAAUCGUAAAUCAUUUAAAAGAAGUUUUACAUAAAGUGGUCGCUCCCAAAUAUUUGCCUGUUAAUAUCUCAAAUUUUUUAGUACAAAAUCUGGUAAUAUCAUAGAUAUGAAAAAUAAAAUUUUAACUUUUGAGAUUAUAGAAACUAAAUAUUCUUAUUUAUUUUGUAUUAUGCAUUACAGACAUAUAAUGUGGCGAAGCACAAAUAAUUUUUUUCUAAGAUAAUACUGUUUUAUUAGAUGAAGAGUCACUGAUAUAACAGAGAACGAUUGUGUUCCAAAAGAGAUUAGUGUGUUAACGUCAGCGGUUUCGCAUCAAAUCGCGAAUCGAUGAAAUCGAAAGUCUUUACCGUGAUUGUAUAUCGAUGAUUGUAGUAAGUUAGUCUCAGUAAGCGUAAUGUAUAAUAUAAGUAGAGCAGAUAUAUACGAGAGAUGGCAAAGUAUGAUGGGGACUCUCUUGUUCGUGUAGAGUUUUUAUGUCCGUAAAGGCCCAACACACAUGUAAUCCAUCCAUAAGUAGCUAAGGUCGACGUGGCUUCUCAAUGGGCUAGAUAUUGAGAGAUGCUUUUAUCAUUGAUCUUCGAUAUAAUUUAAUGAUCCUCCUCUGUGACAUUUUGUACAAUAUUUAUUUUAAUUAUCUCAUAUUGUUUAUUUUACAAAACAAUACGACGAUUUAAUUAUUAUCGGGCAAGUGCAAUAUUAGGAUUGUUUAUAAAACUGAAUGCUCAUAAAUAAAGAUUUAUUACAAACACAUCUCUCAACUGCUCAUCGCAAAGCGACAAUUAUAUCGAAAAUUUGAAAAUAUGCAGUCGCUGCUAAAUUACGAAAGUUUGGUGCAAAGAAUGGGUUGCUCAAAAAGAAAUUUGACGUAUCGUUUCUUUCGGAAAGAGUCUCCCGAUAUCUAGUCUCGGGCCUCGAAUACCCGAAAAAUCAAUGUUUUCCAUUCUUAGAGCUAGUCAAUUACAUCUCAGUGUACAAAACUUAAGCUGUUAAUGUUUCGUACUACUUCUUCACUUUUACUGCAUUUACUCUCGUAUAGACAUUUUACCUCCGUCGACAUCUUAUUUUCUACGAUUUAGCGAGUCAUUCAUAUAUUGUCGCAAAAAAGAGAAGCUGUGAAUUUAUUCCACAAUACACAUUCACUUCCACGAUCCAUCCAGACGCGUAACAACGAUUUUGUCUAUACAUGUCCUUCCCAUAACCAUCCGGUUACAAUUAACGACGAUUACAUACGACGCGCUGAUUUUGCGAAGAGACGAACA